AAAAAGAAAAUGCAAUGGAUCUACAGCAUAGUUGCUGCAGCUUGUUUCGCCAUAGCAAUUGUCCUAACAUACGCAUGGAGAUUACUAAAUUGGGCCUAUCUGAGGCCAAAGAGACUGGAGAAGAUCCUGAGGAAGCAGGGGCUAAAUGGUAAUUCCUACACACCGGUCUCCGGCGACAUGAAGGAGAUGGUGAAGACGAUGCAAGAAGCCAACUCCAAACCCAUCUCUCUUGACGAUGACAUCAAGCCAAGAUUGCAAGCUUUUCUCCUCAAAACCAUCCAUAAACACGGAAAGGAUUGCUUUUACUGGAAAGGGCCAACACCAGUAGUCGUCAUCACAGAAGCCGAACUAAUCAAGGAAGUUCUAAACAAGAGCUCGGUUUACGAGAAGCCGAAGGUGCUGAAUCCAGUGGUGAGGAUGUUCCCUCGAGGCCUCUUCAGCCAUGAGAAGGAAAAAUGGGCCAAACACAGGAAAAUCAUCAACCCUGCUUUCCAUGUUGAGAAGCUCAAGAUGAUGGUACCGGCGUUCCAUUUGAGCUGCGAUGAGGUGUUGGGGAAAUGGGAGAAGCUUGUGGCGGAGGAAGGGUGGUGUGAGGUGGAUGUUUACCCUUAUUUGGAGAGUGUAACGAGCGAUGCGAUUUCAAGAACUGCGUUCGGGAGCAGCUACGAAGAAGGGAGAAGGGUGUUCGAGCUUCAAAAGGAGCAAGCUGCGCUUAUCUUCAAGGCGAUGCAAUCGGUGUAUAUCCCCGGAUCAGGAUUUCUUCCAACAAAAAGGAACAAAAGGAUUAAACAAAUCUAUGAAGAAGUGAGGUCCAACAUCCGUGGCCUAAUCGAUAAAAGAGUGGAAGCAAUGAAAGCAGGGGAAGCUAUCAACACAGACUUGUUGGGGUUGAUGUUGGAGUCCAAUUUUCAAGAAAUCGAGCAAAAUGGUAGUAAUAGCAAGUUUGGAUUAACGAUUGAUGAAAUAAUCGAAGAGUGCAGACUGUUCUACUUCGCAGGGCAAGAAACCACUUCAACAUUGCUCGUUUGGACAUUGAUUUUGUUGAGUAGGCAUCCCGAUUGGCAGGCGAAAGCCCGGGACGAGGCCGUCCGUGUCUUCGGACACGACGGAAACCCGACUCCCGAAGGCAUAAAUCGCCUCAAAAUCGUGACGAUGAUUUUGCACGAGGUGCUGAGGCUUUACUCGCCCGUGCUUGCCUUGGAGCGGAGCGUUGGGACGGAGACGAGGCUGGGGAGGCUGACUCUCCCGGCCGGGGUCCGGGUGUCGUUGCCGGUCAUGUUGGCGCAGCAUGACGUCCGGACUUGGGGCGAGAAUGGGGCGGAGUUUGAUCCGGAGAGGUUUAGUGAGGGGGUGACGAAUGCGGGGGGUUUGUUUAUUCCGUUCGGGUGGGGGCCGCGGAUAUGCAUCGGGCUGAAUUUUGCGUUGAUCGAGGCGAAGUUGGUGCUCUCGAUGAUGUUGAUGCGGUUCAGUUUUGAGCUCUCGCCGUCGUACACGCAUGCUCCAGUGGGUGGGCUCACGACGCGGCCGCAACAUGGGGCUCAUUUGCGUCUGCGCAAACUUUAGAGCCCGCACGGUUUUAUUUUUCUUUUUGUUUUUCUAAAAGGGAUCAACAAUGAUUCUUCAUCUAUCCCUUUAGCCAACUGAGGCCAUGGUUAUUAUUCGAUGUGUGCACUAGAUAAAUUCGUACAUUAUUAAUAAAAUAAUUUAUGUGUUUUUAUGCC